AUGAUUCUUCUGGUAAGUGAUAUGUUUAACUCUCUUUUCGAUCUUUCACAUAUUUCCUCUCCGCAACCUCCUCCAAAUCACCAGUUCGUGCCUUUCCGCAACUUUCACCACCUUCAAUCGAUGAAUGUGACCAAGCGACAGUUGGCCAAGGCCGUAUUGGCCGAGAUCCCCGACCAGCUCUGCUCGUAUAUGCGCUCCAAGGGCUACCUGCCCGGUUCGCACAAGCGAAUUGAGCCGCCUCCUCUCGCUCCUGUUGCCCGUCGUUUGAGCGCUCAAUCUGGCCAAACACAACAGCACAGCAUUGCAACUGCCCCAACUGCUUCCCAAUCCAGAAAUAACAACCGCCAAACGGGUCCAGUACAUCCAAUUAAUGAAGAGUUGCCUAGCCAUUCAGACCAGUACUGUUAUCCCCAGAGCAACGCUGGGGGUCGGAUGAACGGUAGCAACAGCGGAGGUGGUGGGCCCUCUGGACCUCCGGGAGAUUCUUUGCUGUCUUCAUUCCGUCAGCUACCCUCAUCUUCUCCACCAUAUCCGGUUGACGAGGUCACACCAUCCAACGGCGAUCGUCAGUUCCCGUUGUUACCGGUUUAG